ACUCCCUACUCCGAGCCACACGCGCAAACUCCACUGCGCUCCAACUCCGGCGAUGGCUUCCAUCUCCGGCGCGGCGGCGGCGGCGGCGGCGGCGCCCUCCUCCGGGGUGUGCGGCCUCCGCCUCCGGCGAGACCACCUCCCCCGGUCCUCCUACCUCGGCCUCGCCCGUUCCAACUCCGUCGUCUACUCGACGUCCUCCUCCCCCAACUCGCUCACCUCGAAGCAGUCGGGCGGCCACGCCCAUGCCCACGAGGCGGUGGACAAGGACCCCAUCAGGCUGUGGAACCGCUACGUGGAGUGGCUGUACCAGCACAAGCAGCUGGGGCUGUUCGUCGACGUGAGCCGGAUCGGGUUCACCGAGGAGUUCCUGCGGCGGAUGGAGGAGCCCAUGCGGGGGGCCUUCGCGGCGAUGCGGGAGCUCGAGAAGGGCGCCAUCGCCAACCCCGACGAGGGCCGCAUGGUCGGCCACUACUGGCUGCGCAACCCGGCCCUCGCCCCCAACUCCUUCCUCAAGGACAAAAUCGAGACCACGCUCGAACGAAUCCUCGCAUUCGCCAGCGAUAUCAUCUCCGCCAAAAUAAGGCCUCCAUCAUCCUCUGCCGGCCGAUUUACUCAAAUUUUAUCCAUAGGAAUUGGUGGUUCAUCGUUGGGGCCACAAUUUGUUGCGGAGGCACUUGCUCCGGAUAAUCCUCCACUGAUGAUAAGAUUUAUCGACAACACCGAUCCAGCUGGAAUUGACCACCAAAUUGCACAGCUAGGACCAGAACUUGCAUCAACUCUAGUGGUUGUAAUUUCUAAGAGUGGAGGCACUCCUGAAACUCGAAAUGGUCUGUUAGAAGUACAAAAGGCCUUCCGAGAUGCUGGACUAGACUUCUCAAAACAGGGUGUUGCAAUUACUCAGGAGAAUUCUUUAUUAGAUAACACUGCCAGAAUAGAGGGGUGGCUAGCUAGAUUUCCCAUGUUUGACUGGGUCGGUGGUAGAACGUCAGAAAUGUCUGCUGUUGGUUUACUGCCAGCAGCACUACAGGGUAUUGACAUCAAGGAAAUGCUAGUUGGUGCUGCACAAAUGGAUGAGGAAACUAGGAAUACUGAGAUUAAGGAAAAUCCUGCAGCCUUACUUGCAUUGUGUUGGUAUUGGGCAUCAGAUGGAGUAGGUAAUAAGGAUAUGGUUGUAUUGCCAUACAAGGAUAGCCUGCUUCUUUUGAGUAGAUACUUGCAACAACUUGUCAUGGAAUCUCUUGGGAAAGAAUUUGAUCUUGAUGGAAACCAGGUUAAUCAGGGACUAACAGUGUAUGGUAACAAAGGAAGCACAGAUCAGCAUGCUUACAUUCAGCAGCUGAGAGAAGGUGUACACAACUUCUUUGUUACUUUUAUUGAGGUUUUGCGUGAUAGGCCUCCUGGUCAUGAGUGGGAACUUGAACCAAGUGUUACAUGUGGGGACUACUUGUUUGGAAUGCUACAUGGGACUCGUUCAGCUCUGUAUGCAAAUGAUCGUGAAUCUAUUACAGUCACCGUCCAAGAAGUAAAUCCUAGAGCUGUUGGAGCACUUGUUGCACUCUAUGAACGUGCUGUUGGUCUUUAUGCUUAUCUAAUCAAUAUCAAUGCCUAUCAUCAACCUGGUGUCGAGGCAGGUAAAAAGGCUGCAGGAGAGGUGCUGGCACUUCAAAAAAGGAUCCUACUUGUUCUGAACGAAGCCAGCUGCAAGGACCCUGUUGAACCACUGACACUGGAUCAAAUUGCAGAUCGUUGCCACUGCCCUGAAGAGAUUGAAAUGAUAUACAAAAUAAUUCAGCACAUGGCUGCAAACGAUAGAGCUCUUAUUGCAGAAGGCAACUGCGGGUCGCCAAGAAGCAUCAAGGUUUACCUUGGAGAGUGCGACGUGGACGAUGAUAUGAUUUAA